AUGUAUGCUGGACAGCUGCGUAGCUAGUCGAGCAGAAUCGAGCGUCCUGGAGGAGCAGCGAGAACUGAUUCGCACGCUUAUCGAAGAGAAGAAAACGAACGAAACUCAAUUUAAACGUUUGACGAAUGCCUUGGAGGCUGCCAGAGUUACGGACAACCGGCCGAAUGAAUCUCAGCCAGUGACCUGUCUUACCACGACAUUUGCGUCCAAUGAUGUUCCAGUUGUGAACGACUUACUUUCGUCGGAGCUGCGAGAAUACUAUGCCCUGGUGAAGAAAGUCCUUUCCGAGAUUAACGCAUAUCAGUCUAGACUGGAAUAUGAUCAAUAUCGCCGAAUGAGAGAUGACAUUUUACAAAGUUAUUACUCGGAAAUUGGCUACUGCGAAGCUCGUCACGGUCAGCGAGCUGCACAGUGGUUCCGGGAGCAAUAUUCUACACUUUGCAAGGAGUUUGUGGCAUGUACCUCUUCCAAAUUCGAUCAGGGGGCAAAAAUAAGCCGGCGUACAAAUAUGGAUUCUGUUGCUCCAGCUUUGGAAAGUGGAAAUCGAUGGGCCUCUUCUGGUGGGGUCACUCACGACGGUAGGAGGAGCUCACGGUUCGAAUCAUUCACGCUUGGAACAAAACGGAACAAGCACACGGCUCAGCCUAUGCCAGUCCAACGGCCACCCAACAUAUUGAGUCAUAUACAACAACCGGUCACAUCUCAUGAUAUGAUUGCAAGAAUACCCCCAUUAACACUCUGCGGCCCUCGACCCCCUUUCUCAGAGACAUCCAACCCAAUCACCCAGCCCCAGUAUGGGAUAGGGAAUCCGGCGGUUGAAGCCUACGCGACAGGUAGCUCUUAUGGGAGAGCCUAUGUAAAGACGGAAGACACACAUGACACGAAAUCCUUUUUAAUGAAGUGGACAACUUUAGACGAUAGUGAACUUGGUUCCUGUUGAAAAAUCUCAUGCAUUGGUUUGUUACGCCGAUGAACGAGCAUCGUGAACUAUUUAGUCUCACUUUCGCGCUGCAGUCAUGUGUACCAUAUUCCACCGCCUGCCCAAUUCAAGUUAGUAUUUGCCGGUCAAAACUAACACCUCUGAUAGGCGGUGGUGUCACCUCGGGCAUCGCCGGGAAUCCAAAUGAGUGUCUACUGUAGGACGUUUCUCCAAGUUUCAUUACGGUGGAAGGAACGUAGGAUGGUUAAGUUAGUAAUAGCUUUGAGUGCGCUUAGAAUUCCUCGUAAUUUUUCUUAGAAGUACUCAAUUUCUGUGAAAUAACAAAAAU